AUGGUGUCAGGACAAAGGUUGUUUUUCUCAUUUUUUGGUUUGGCAUCAUGUGUGACUUUCAUUUACCUGUCCUUUGGUGAGUUGUUGCUGGGGCUUGAGUUGGUGCUCAUGAGUCAUCAUCAUGAAGAGCCAAAUUUGGGGUUUGUGGAGAGGAAUGGGAGUCAGUUCAUGCUUGAUGGAAGAGCCUUUUACAUCAAUGGCUGGAAUUCUUUCUGGUUAAUGGACCAAGCUGUGGAUGAAUAUAGCAGACCAAGGGUAAGGGAAAUCCUCCAAGCUGGUGCAAAGAUGGGUCUCACUGUGUGCAGAAUUUGGGCAUUCAAUGAUCGUGGUUUCAAUGCCCUCCAGCUUUCCCCCGGUCAUUUUGACGAGCGGGUUUUUCAGGCACUGGAUUAUGUAAUUGCAGAAGCAAGACAACAUGGGAUCAGGUUGCUUCUUAGCUUAGUGAAUAACUGGCAUGAUUUUGGUGGGAAGGCUCAAUAUGUCAAGUGGGCAAUGGAAGAAGGCAGAGUAGGUUUGAGUGCCUCUAAUGAUUCCUUCUUCUUUAAUCCAUCCAUCCGCAGAAACUUCAAGAAUUACAUCAAGAGUAUCCUAACAAGGAGGAACUCCAUUAGUGGAAUAGAAUAUAGAAAUGAUCCGACCAUCUUUGCCUGGGAAUUGAUAAACGAACCCCAAUGCAUCUCUGAUGCUUCUGGCGACACUCUUCAUGAAUGGAUAGAAGACAUGUCAUGUUUUGUGAAAUCAAUUGACAAGAAACAUCUAGUGAGUGUUGGGCUGGAAGGAUUUUAUGGUCCCAGAAACCCAAAAAGCUUGACCAUAAACCCUGGAAAGUGGGCGUCCGAGCUUGGCUCUGACUUUAUUCGCAACUCCAACAUCUCUUCCAUUGAUUUUGCCUCUGUUCACAUCUACCCAGAUCUUUGGCUUAAAGACGAGAAAGAAGUAGAAGAAAAACUUAAAUAUGUCUCCAUGUGGAUGCUUUCACACAUUGAAGAUGGAGAUAAAGAACUGAGGAAGCCUGUCAUGUUCACUGAAUUUGGAUCCUCAAACCUUAGUGAAAACUUCCACCCAUCUCAGAGAGAUAGGAUGUACAAAACUGUUCUAGACAUCAUCUAUGAAUCUGCAAAGGAAUCUCGGUCUGGGGCAGGUGGUCUGUUCUGGCAGUUUUUGGCUGGAGGAAUGGAAGAGGUUGGUGAUGCAUUUUCUAUUGUUCCAUGGUCGAGGCCAUCAACAUACAGGUUGAUAAAAGAACAAUCAUGCAAGUUGGCCACAACUUCCCUUGCUAGCUUUCCUUGA